UUUAUCUUUAAUGAUAAUAAAACAUUUUGCUCAGUUAAUAGGGGGAAAUUAGAUCUAGUAUGUAUACAGCGCAUGUACAGAUAAUGCGGGUGUCAGAUUAUGAAUUAGGAACGCAACCUUUUGGUUAACUAUAAUUUUACAUAUUAAGUACACCCCCGUUCUUUGUCAAGAUGUAUUGAAUUUAAUGCGACAUUUAAACAAAAUACGCGAAGUGGCAAAAUACAUACUUACCGGAGAAGAAUAAUAAAUAUUUAAUUGAACAUCUUCUACAUUUGCUUUGGAUAUUUACUGAAGGAUUCUCCCGGCGCUUAACAAGAUUAAAGAGUGUUUUGCUGACAAUAAAAUCCUUCAAUGGAUGUGUGUAGAUAAAUCAAGAUAAAUCAUUGUUUGCACUUACAUCAUGAACGAGAGGUUGAUCUUCGCAAAACCGUAGACCAUUCGGUUAUCGUUUAUUUAACAUAAGGCGAUGUAAUGUAAUUACAUGUCUUUUAUUCAAUAAUUUGUUUGAGUGUUCAAGUGGUGACUGUUUUGUUUGAAAUUUCAAGUGAUGGUUUUAAAGUAGGUAGAUUAUGAAAGUAUUUCACCGGAGAAAUGUUGCUUGAAACUUUUCAUACUAAGGUAUUUCACAAGUGUCAUACUAUAUUUCUGUGAGUAUGGUCAUUGAAUUUAAUCAAUAUUGGACUAACCAGAAAAUGCGAACUUGAAAAUUGUUGUAUAGAUCUACAACAUUUAUCAAUUACCUUUUGUACCGAUUUGUAUCAAUAUAUAGAUAACUGAAUUAAGUUGGACAUGGCUUUCGAUUGAACUUUACAAAUGCAACCUACGGAUUUUAUAAUAACUAUGGUAACGGAUUGUUAAGAGCGCCCAUGGAAGCAAUAACAUGUUUACGAUUCAUAUAUGACUUGAGUGUUUAUUAAAUGGAGCAUCAUACAUUAAAGUUGUGACAAAAUAUCCAGUCAAAAAUGACGAGUAAAUACUACGCUCCAGUGAUAUUGGAGAGGUUUAACUCCCGACAGAUUCGUCGGCAUCACCGACGGAUACGAAACAAACAGAUGUCGGACUUCUAUAACAGGCAAGCCGUUGUUCCGAUAGACGGUCCCACCCGGCAGAUAGCGGUGAGCGGCCGGCUUUCUUCCGGUGACCUCGCGGUAUUCGACGACAAAGCGGCGAAUGCCGUCCUUUUAGACGCCGAGAUGCAACUGAAGUCCGGCUAUCCGACGAUCGCCACCUCCUCUAUGGUGGCGCGUCGGAGCCACAUGAGCCUCCCGGAAGAUGUGGAAAGCCAACCGGAUAUGAAGUUUUUCGCGGAGCUAGUGAAACCCGUUAAAAAAUGGAAAUUCCAAAAGGAGAAAUUAAAGACGCUUGAACCGUCGAAGCACGGGUUUCACCAGAGGAGUCAGUCUCCGACGUUUCGCAGGCUUGUCAGCGCAACGGAAAAGCUGCAGCAUUUAGUGACUUUGGGCGACAGCGAUGCACCUAGUCCUAGCGUUGAUAUUAUUGAGACUCAAGUCGAAAUGCCUCCGGAGGCGGUAGUGCGUUCGUCGUCUCGUUAUACUAAGUCGGAACCGAACACCACGCGGGUGAACAAAGUGGAGUCGCUCCCGGCCACCGGGAACUUUUACCCGACGGGUCGGUUCAAUUUUCAGCCCGAGGUGCGGACAAUUGAGCCCGUGCGACGGGAGGAACCAUUCGUUGAGGAGGACGAGGAUGAGGAAGAUUCCUACACGUGCACGCCGAGCCCCAGGCUGCUCACGCCGCCACCUCCACCGCCUCCUUUUGUUAAAAAGCAUAAACAACGCUCAAAGCGGUUGCAUCAAGAGUUUAAGGUAGAUUUCAAAAAGCUUGACUCUCAUUCGGAGCUUCAUUUGUUUCUUCCUCAUAUACAAGACAAUUCAAGGGCGGCUACUCCGGAUAGCCCGAAUACAAAUUAUUAUAAAAUGAGACACGAGUUGCCUCCCAUUAAUGACUUUCCGGGCCAAAAGUCACCGGACGAUGAAAGGAACAAAUCAAAGAAAAAACAGACAAAAAAGAAAAAGAAGCAUCCUUCGCGAAUUAAAUCGGGAAUUAACGAUGAAACUGGUGUUAGCGACCAUUUGAACGAUGUACCAACACUUAUUUCACUCGCAAAUGACAAUGAUUAUCACCCCGAGUCAAUGUGUGUGUUUGAAAAGUGCAAAUUUCACCAGCAUAGAAAAACUAUGAAUAUUCGACAACCGUAAAUUUUUGUCAGAUAGAAAAAAUAGUUCCGUGUUCUGUUUUUUGGUCGAUCUUUUAAUUUUUGCCUUUAACAUGUAUGCAUCUCUCCGUGACGCAUAUUUCUGUCUUCAAACGCUAUAUAAUUUUACCAAAAUUAUAACAAAUAUAUUAUUUGCCGCCCUUUUAUGAUGACAUAUGUUCCCAUAAUUACCACAAAUAAUCAAAAUAUCUUUGCGCUUUUCGAUGACUUUUAUAAUUUAAAACAGGAACUUUUAUUUGAAGUAUUUUGGUCAAAAGUUUACUUUUAUAGGUCUUUUGUGAUCUGUCACUGCAUUACUAACAUGAACAUUAUAGAUCUGUAUUCCGUUGCCUUGAACGUAUGACACAGAAUCCUCCGAUAAUAAAUCCCUUUCUUUCUACCCAGCAUUUUUUUGGGAUAGAAAAUCGAAAACGGAACUCGUAAUAUUUUGCUUUUUUUGUCAUCUAUCAUCAAAUAUGUUAACAUUUACCUUAAGGACUAGAUUGAACAACUAAACGAGAGUGAUAAACACAUAAGAGGAUUGUUGGAUAUAUGAGUCGCGUUCUGAGAAAACUGGGCUCUAUGCAUGUGCGUAAAGUGUCAUCCCAGAUUAGCCCGUGCAGUCCGCACAGGCUAAUCAGGGACGAAAAAUGUCAUCCCAGAUUAGCCUGUGCAGUCCGCACAGGCUAAUCAGAGACGACACUUUCAGCUUUUAUGGUAUUUUUAGCUUGGCGUUUUCGGAGAAAACCCGAGGUAUUGUCAUAGCCAGCUCGUCGUCCGCCGUCCGCCGUCCGACGUCCGCCGCCCGCAUCGUGCUUUAACCUUAACAUUUUGUUAAGGUUUUGAACAUUGGCUCUAAAAUCAAAUUGCUUCAACCUACAACUUUGAAACUUAAUAUGUAGAUGCACCUUGAUGAGUUCUACAUGCCACACUCAUUUUUGGGUCACUAGGUCAAAGGUCAAGGUCACUGUGACCUAUAGAAAAAUCUGACAAGCUUUCAUUUAUUCAAAACUGCACACGUAGCCGAGCUUGGCACCCGUUAUGCGGUGCUCUUGUUAGUUUCAAGGAAGUCCUCCUUACCUAAAAUCAAGUUUAGGCGGAAAGUGCCGUCCCUGAUUAGCGUGUGCGGACUGCACAGGCUAAUCUGGGAUGACACUUUACUACGCACAUGCAUUAAGCACAGUUUUCUCAGAACAAGGCUCAUUUAUAUUUAUAAAAAGUUAUGGUGUGCAGUCAUGUCUUUCGUUUUUUUAUUUCUUGUAUGCUAAAAAUAAUGCAUUCAAAUUAUCACAGCUUUCUUUUUUGAUCCGACAUCCUUAUAAGCGACAAAAACACAAUAAUACCCGUUGUGGAAUCGUUAUAAUUUUGAUGACAGACACAGUAUAUGUUAUUAUUUGAUGACCAUAUAUGUUAUUAUUUGAUGAUAUUAUAUGUUUUUAUUUGGCUGUUUUUGUUUCCCAGAGCCUUUGAAACGUUAUUUUAAUAUACAUGCUUGAAACACAGAUACAAUAUUGCAUUUCUGUUUACAAAAAUAUAUAUAGUCUUCUGGAAAGAUAUUCAAAAGUUAGGCAAAAGUUAGGCAUUGUUGUAUUCAUUUAACGGUAUUGAAAUCCAUACUAGCAGUAUUUAUAUUCGAUUACAAUUUUCAUACAAGGUAGUUCUCUUUUCUAAAUAGAUAUAUUUUUUAACUUUAUCAAGUUUCAAUCUCAGUUACUUUUUUAUAACUCAACAUAUUUUGCAAAAGUUCCAAAACCCUAGGUUUCAUAACUAUUAAGGGAGAAAACUUUAAAUUAAAUAGCUCGUCAAAACUGUAUUUUAGAGUUAUCGGUCUUCAUUGUCCAGGUGAUUUGUUAAAUCUCUAAAUGUUUUGUUUGUCUCAGAACUUAACUGUUUAAAUAUGUUUUUCAAAGUCAAAAUACCUGUACUAUGAUAAGACAAACGCAUAAAACGAUUUUGUUACUUAUAUAUUGCCAUAGAAUAGUAGACAAGGUAGUUAAAUAAACCUAUUUUUCUUGGUGGGUUGUUUACUGCUGCGUGUAUGAUCAAUGCAAUUAGAUUGAAUAAUGUUUAUACAAUUUUACUUAUAUAUUUAACUCAUUUAUGCGUAGUGGACUCUCCCAUCGUUCUAAAUAGGAUCAAUUUAUUUCCAAAUGUCUAGUAUACAUUUUUCUAUAUUUAGAAUAUUUUUUUCAGAAAUUCCUUUAAGCAAACAGCGCAGACCCAGA